AUGAAAAGAAAAAGAAGAGAUCCAAGGUCGGGAGUGCUUAUCUCAGACCAAGUCCAAAAGGAAGUUUCAAAGAUUGAGCCUGAUUCUAUGACUCAAAACAUACCAAGCCCUGUCACUGAGUCCAUUCCAGUGAUUCAAGAGAUUUCAAGCAUGUUGCCUGAGUCUACUCCUAUGUAUAAGGACUUUCAAAGCCCUAUUAUUGAAGAAGUAGUUUUUCCUUUGAAGAGCUCAGCAGAAAAGGAUUUGAUUAUUGGAAAGCGGGACAUUAGAAUCAGUGAUUUUGAAAAGGAGAACUCCAUUAAAGAUGCAAAGAUUUCAGAACUUCAAGCAAAUCUUGGUGGUCUAACUGCUUUAUUCUUUAAUCUAAACCAACGCUUACAUCAAAAGUUUGGUGAUGAUUUUCAACCUUUAAGCGUUGAAGGAUAA